AUGUGCAAACAAAUCUUUAUGACACAUUUUAUUACAAUGUAAACUGUAAUAAAACACCAGUUAAUCAUUGUGGGACUGAUGGGUUUUAAUCCUGUGUUUGGGUUUAUUUUGACAACGGAUUGUGCCUUUAAAGAGUGGUUAAUGUAGGAAACCGCAGCCAAACUAAUACAGCGGGUGGUGGGUGGGAUGGUUAACUGGCUGACACAAAACUGCUGCUUUAGAAAUGAUUUCUCCAAAGUCCUACAUCCGUCCUUCUUGUUAACUCUGCCCUACUGUGAGCCCGGAGCGCAGCAACCACAAACAUGACCGAUUAUGAAGCCGCAACCGCCUUCCUCGGGGAAUGGGGAAGUUUCCAGCAGCAGGUGUUUUUCCUCUUGUGUCUGAGCACCGUCCCCAACGGUUUCACCGGCCUGUCCAUCGUGUUCCUCGCCGACACGCCGCCCCACUGGUGCGUCGUCCCCGCGCACGUCAACCUCACCGCCGCAUGGAGGAACAACAGCAUCCCGCUGGAGGAGGACAAUCAUAGCGGCGCUUUGCUGCCCAGCAAGUGCCACAGAUACAAACUUGUUGAUAUACAGAGUUUCUCGGAGAGAGGCUUGCUGCCAGGUGUUGAUGUUAAUCUGUCUAAUGUGCCAAAAGAAGGCUGCUUGGACGGGUGGGAGUAUGAUCGAAGCGUCUACAUUUCUACUAUUGUGUCUGAGUGGGACCUUGUGUGUGAUGACAGGUGGAAGAACCCGUUGACCUCCUCUCUCUUCUUUUUUGGAGUUCUCACUGGCUCUUUUAUCUCGGGACAGCUCUCUGACAGGUAUGGGAGGAAAAUAGUGUUGUUUGUUACCAUGGCAGUCCAAACAGUAUCCACAUUCAUCCAGGUCUUUUCUCCAUCCUGGCCUGUGUUCUGCGCUGUGUUCUUUGUCGUCGGGGUGGGACAAAUCUCCAACUAUGUGGCUGCAUUUGUGUUAGGAACUGAGAUAUUAGGCCCACGUGUGCGGAUAGUUUACUCCACUGCAGGUGUGAGUCUGUUCUUUGGUAUGGGCUACAUGCUGCUGCCGCUGUUUGCUUUCUUCAUCAGAGACUGGAGGAUGCUUCUCCUAGGCCUGACCCUGCCUGGCUUCCUCUAUGCGCCUCUCUGGUGGUACGUACCAGAGUCCCCUCGGUGGCUGCUCUCUCAGGGAAGAGUAGCAGAGGCUGAGGCCAUAGUGAGAAAUGCUGCGAAGAGGAACAAAAUUGAGCCUCCACAGGUCAUCUUUAGUCCUUUGCAGAAAGAACUUCAAUCUGACAGGAAGAAGACUCACAACAUCUGUGACCUGCUUCGUUCAAGGAACAUUCGUUGGAUCUCCAUCACGCUGUGGCUGGUCUGGAACAUCUUGACCAUCGCCUACUUUGCUCUUUCGCUGAACACAGCAAACCUUUAUGGUAAUGCAUACUUCAACUGUUUCCUGUCGGCUCUGGUAGAGAUGCCAGCCUACACUUUGUCCUGGCUAAUGUUUCGCUGGUGUUCCAGGCGACUGACUCUCUUCUCAACUCUCUUCAUGGGAGGAUUGUUUCUACUCCUAAUUCAGCUCAUACCAGCAAACCUGAUUUCUCUGGCCAUAACACUCGAGAUGAUGGGGAAGUUUGCAGUGACGACGGCCUUUGCCAUCGUGUACGCCUACACAGCAGAACUCUACCCAACUGUACUGAGGAAUACGGCUGUGGGUGCCUGCUCCAUGGCCUCCAGAAUAGGCAGCAUCAUUGCCCCAUACUUCAUUUACUUAAGAAGCUAUUCCAUUUCACUGCCUUACAUCCUCAUGGGAAGUCUUACAGUUCUGUCAGGGUUGCUGAGUCUCCUGCUGCCCGAGAGCUAUGGAAUGCCUCUGCCUGACACCAUCACUCACAUGCAGCCUUUCCCCGGAUGUUGCAGGAAGACACCUUAUACACUCACCCAAACCACAGAAGAAGAAAAGGCUGCUGAAAGGAAGUCCCCAGCUGUACUUUGAACAAGGAACAGCACUUUUAUCUGUCUGAAGCGAAGAACUGGACAAACAUCAAGUCUCUGUGCUCAUUUCUGCUAAAUUGACAUUUGUCAGGACUACAGUAACUAAAAUGAUGAUUAUUUUAUAAAGGGAUUUUGAAAUUAUGGAAUGUGGUUUUUAUAGACAACAACAGGACCAAGGGAUAUGACAUUUAUUCAACAAUAUCAUGGAGCUUUAAAACAUCAAUUCAAGUUCGAGUUAUGGUUCCUCUGUGUUAGCAACAAAAUACCGUAAAAUGAAGAGUGUACCAAUUGUUAGCAUUAAUAAUGCUGUUCACUGUUUUAAAAGUGUAAUUUUUUGAAAAAUUAACAGUAUAUAUGUAUUCAUAAAACUACAUUUCUAAUAUUCUGAUACCAGAUUAAUCAGAACCAGUAGCUACAUGUACUGUUACAUAUGAACAGUUUCUUGUGAAUAUUUUUAUACAUCUUUGUGAUUCAAGAUGCAUGGAGUGACCAAAAAAGUAGUCCUCCAAUCCUAACAGUCCUUUUGUUAACAAUGCCUUUGUGAAACUUGAAUAGAAUAUAUAAUUUAAAAAAAAAUCUACAUUUUUAAUGGUUAUACACCAUUUUUCAUUGUGUUGUUUUGUUAGCUUACCCUUUAUUCUAAGGUAUUUCUGGUAUUUUUGCUCCUCUGUUAAUUUAGAUUAGGAGGGCAAAAUAUUAGAACAACUUUUGAGAUAAUGCUUUCUAAAUAUGAACUACAGCCUCACAAAGUACAAUCAUAUUAGGUCAAUACAUAAAUAACUGAUUGCGUUAUUUGAAAUGUUGCAAUGAACAUUUCAAGAAAGGGAGUGUUUAUUAUUACAGGCCUGCUGUAUUGGUAUUGUUUUGUAUUAGUCACUACAGGAAUGUACUGUAUGUCAAUCCCUAUGACAGAAAAACUAUUUUAGAAUUUACUCCGAAAUGUCCACACGGUGUGUUCAAGUACAUAGUGUAUGUAUUAAUCAAGCUUUAAUCAUUUAAUUUCACUUUUUAGAUAGAGGUCAUAAUGUAAUAGAAUUCACCAGUACUGAUUAAAAAAAUCUGAUACAAAUUCUGAUAUAACAAUAGUAAUGAUACUUAAUAACAAUAUUUAUUAAUAACUAAUUAAUGUAAGUAAUGUGUCACAUAGUCACAUAGAGAGUGUUCUCUUCUAGUGAUACAUGGACACUAUACUGCUACUAUACUAUAAAUUACAGUAGUAUAAAUUCAUUUGUGAGUAAAGAAAAGUUAAAACGCCAUGAUAUGCACCAAUUCAUUAAUGUUGGUGAAGGGCAAAGGGGUGGUAUCAGGAUGCAUUUAAUACCUGUGUUUUUUGCAACUACCACUAGGAGUUGGAAGUUUUCAAAUCAACACAUACAGUAGACGCUUUAAACACAUUAAUCAUUUUGAUCAUUCUAAAGUUAGAAUAAGAUAAGAUAAUAAGACCCACCUUUCUCUUUGAUGCAUCUGUUGAAUAGUUUGAGGAAGAGGUCAUCCAAAACUCUCUGGUAGGAAGAGAGUGCCAGAGACACAACAGCCAGAGUUCCCAAAGUAAUAUAAGGCAAAUACUGAUAGU